UCUGUGGAGCGAUGGAUAACGAUGCUUCGAGGAUGACUGUUGUUGAUGUGUGCAGAGGGUUUCUGGUUCGCGCCCCGCUAUGGGCGAGGGGACGGUCUAAAUAUUUACUGUUACAUAUAUAAUAAAACAAAUUUACCCGAAUAAGAAUCAUCAACAAUACAGAAAUCUAUUCUAAACUCCAUGAACGAUGAUGACUUCAAAGCACUUAUUUGGUACUGUGGAAUAAUGUGUUCGCGACAAAGUAACUUGAGCAGCUUUGAGUGACAAGUGAAGUCAUUUGCAUUAUAUAUAUAUAUUUUUUAAAUAACUGCCUUUGCAUGGUUAUAGCUAGCUAGCUAGCUAACCUAGAAACAUUGACAGUUAAAGAUCGAGGACUUCGGUAUCUGUUUAUCUUUGUUGGCUAUUUUGGAAGACUUGGAGCCAAUGCAAUGAACAUGGAACGCCGGGACACCCAGCGGGCGCCUGGAGUGUUCAUCUAUAACCCUCACAUGCGUGGCCAGUGGCAGGCAGCCUACCGUCUGAGCCAGAGUGCCCAGGACUCAGACAUCUCUUUGCUCAACAUCAACCAGGCAUUGAGCUGCUUGACAGCUGGUACUCGACGACCCAACACCACUGGAGACACGCUCCUCGUGGGCACCCAGACAAACCUGGCCUAUGAUGUACACAAAAUUGCUGACAUCUUCAACAGAGAGGUGACAGAUGGGGACAAUGCCAUCGCUUUAGGGAAAUUGGCAAACAUUGAGUCCCCCCUCACCAUCAUCGGAGGAAACUGUGCCCUACAAGGAUUUGACUGUGAGGGGAAUGACCAGUUCUGGACAGUAUGGAUUGUGUUCCUCUUUAUCAUAUGAACUGUUGUCUAACAUUGAAAUAGGAAUAGUUUUACCACAAUUGAGGAAAUUAUUUGUUUGUUUGUUUGUCUGUGUUCCUUUUCAGGACACGGGGGAUAAUGUCUGGUCAUUGGUUAUCUGUGCUUUUACUGGUAAUUGAAAAAAUUAGGUGACAUUUUAUUUAGAAGAAGUUUUAUCCAAAGGUGAAAGCAAGUACUUUGCAAUGUACAGCUAGACGACUUGAAAUGUUGUUAUUACAUAAAUAUACGAGAUCCUAAAAUGGGUCAUAUACUGUGUAUAUUUUAUUUUGUCUGGUCUUUGCAGCUUCUUGUCAGAUCAGAGGACUUUGACAUUAGGGUAUACAGAUGCACAAUUGAGUGCAUCCUGUCGGGCUUGUAUGACCGCCUGGUACGGCAACUGCA